AUGUACUACUCCAUAAGCAAGGCCAUGAUCGAUCAUGGUCUGGCCGCUUGCCGGAUUCCAAUUCCGGAUUUUGAUGCGGUACGGAAGGUCCGUGCGCAAGGCAUCCAUAAUGAUGCCACACGCGUGAAGGCCGUUCUGGUCUCUUCAUCCACUCGCGAGAAUCCCUCUGUUGCUGGUUUUCGUCUUGCCUAUGAUAAAAUCACUAACCAAGGAUGCAUUUCUCUCAGUAUCAGGGCAAAUCUAUCGAAUCGUCCGAGCGGUGAAGAAGAUACGCUGAUAUUGAGAAUCCCUCCCGAGUCAGUCAAGACAUGUAGCCUAAUCUCAGCAAGCGACGAAACACUUUGUUCCGACUACUUUGCUUCGAAGCUUCCGACAAGAGUGAAAAACAUUCGAGACGUCUCAACACUGACAUUGGAACUUAACCGGGCGCCCGCGGAGGGGACGGUUCUUUGCUCAUCUGAGAUGUCGUCUGUACCCCCUGCGACUCAUGGGGACUGGAAUUUCGCUGCUUUUGCAAGGAUUUGUGAAUUCGCUUCUCUACGUAUCCACUUUGCCGCGCGACAAUUCGUGGGUAGUGAACUCGGGAUCUUGAAGACUUUCGUCCGUGGCCUUCAGACAAGAAGCCUUAAAGCAGUAUCUUUUGAUGACUCUCGCCAAGGUCUGGUCGAGAGAGUCUGGAAGGAUCUGAAUGUGUCGCUUGAGCGACCGCCAGAUUAUGAGGAGCCUGCGCCCGAGCAGGUCAAGCAAGUGGAUCCACCCCCAUAUAAUGAGGAACCCAAGUCAGCGCAUGUAGGCGGGAAACGGGCCCGAGACCACUCGUUAAUACCAUCAUCCGAGGAUGACAGACGAAAGAGACCGCUCUUUACCUCCCCGGAACCGCCCUGCUGUCCCACCGAGGUCAAUACACCGAGUACUCUCCCUCCGUCACCGGCCUCAAUCCGGCCCACCGAGUUCUCACGCCGUUCCUCUGCAAGCCGUACAGAGCGUGACACACUUGCACGUCUUGAACAUAUGCUCAGUGGUGCUUCCGCUGACCUGAUCCGCAAACUAUUGGUUCGAUUAGCAAGUCGAUGCCUACAGGCUACACCUGGAGAUCCCGAGGAUCAUCUGCUGUCUGACUCCGAGAAAUUUCCUUCUGCCCGGGUGGAAUCCAUGGAACGCCGCCUCGAACGCAUCGUCGAGGAGAAGAUCAAGUGUUUCAUCGAACCACACAUCCUCGACGCGAUCAUCGAUAGCGCUGUAAGCGAGUGCCGGGACCAGUUCCUGGAUGAAUGCCACCUUCACGAGACCGAGUUCCGCGACCAGGUGGAGGAUGGUAACACCGAGGUCCGCAUUACCGCCAACGACUGCAUGAAGGAAAUGGAAGAACAAGCCCAACGGCAUCUGGACGAAAUGAAAGAGCAAGCGCAGCAGUAUUUGCAUAAGAUCGAGGACCAGGGAAUCGAGGCGGAGAUAUCCGUGGAGAAAAAGGUCACGAAACUAAAGCAUGAGUUGAACGUGUCGGCGCCGUCUCUGCCUGAUCGCGAGUCAAGGCCUCGCCAGAAACCUGGCCCCAAGGGUAGGCGCAGCUCUAUCUAG